AAAGCUCCAUCCUGGACUACGUAGAGAUCAUCGCGAAAACUGCAACGCGGGUUGUGGCGGGGCAGGCCCUGCACAAGACCCCGGGCUUCAGAGAUUAUUUCUCUUUAUUAAGAAGCAUAAAGUUGUUUGCCGAUUGCAAGAAGAUGUUUCUUUGGCUCUUUCUGAUUUUCUCAGCCCUGAUUUCUUCGACAAAUGCAGAUUCUGACAUCUCAGUGGAAAUUUGCAAUGUUUGCUCCUGCGUGUCAGUGGAGAAUGUGCUCUAUGUCAACUGUGAGAAAGUUUCAGUAUACAGGCCAAAUCAGCUGAAACCACCUUGGUCUAAUUUUUAUCACCUUAAUUUCCAAAACAAUUUUUUAAAUAUCCUCUAUCCAAAUACAUUCUUGAAUUUUUCACAUGCAGUCUCCCUGCAUCUGGGAAAUAAUAAACUGCAGAACAUUGAGGGAGGGGCCUUUCUGGGGCUUAGUGCACUAAAGCAGUUGCACUUGAACAACAAUGAAUUAAAGAUUCUCCGAGCUGACACUUUCCUUGGCAUAGAGAACUUGGAGUAUCUCCAGGCUGACUACAAUUUAAUCAAGUAUAUUGAACGAGGAGCCUUCAAUAAGCUCCACAAACUGAAAGUUCUCAUUCUUAAUGACAAUCUGAUUUCAUUCCUUCCCGAUAAUAUUUUCCGAUUCGCAUCUUUGACCCAUCUGGAUAUACGAGGGAACAGAAUCCAGAAGCUCCCCUACAUUGGAGUUCUGGAACACAUUGGCCGUGUAGUCGAAUUGCAACUGGAAGAUAACCCUUGGAACUGUAGCUGUGAUUUGUUGCCUUUAAAAGCGUGGCUGGAGAAUAUGCCAUAUAAUAUUUACAUAGGUGAAGCUAUCUGUGAAACUCCCAGUGACUUAUAUGGAAGGCUUUUAAAAGAAACCAACAAACAAGAAUUAUGCCCCAUGGGCACAGGCAGUGAUUUUGAUGUCCGUAUUUUGCCUCCUUCUCAGCUGGAAAAUGGUUACACAACUCCCAAUGGUCACACUACUCAAACAUCCUUGCACAGAUUAGUGACUAAACCACCAAAAACAACAAAUCCUUCUAAGAUCUCUGGAAUCGUGGCUGGCAAAGCCCUCUCCAACCGCAAUCUCAGUCAGAUUGUAUCUUAUCAAACAAGGGUGCCUCCUCUCACACCCUGCCCAGCGCCUUGCUUUUGCAAAACACAUCCUUCAGAUUUGGGACUGAGUGUGAACUGCCAGGAGAAAAACAUACAAUCCAUGUCUGAACUCAUACCAAAACCUUUAAAUGCAAAGAAAUUGCACGUCAAUGGCAACAGCAUCAAAGAUGUGGACAUCUCAGACUUCGCUGAGUUUGAAGGACUGGAUUUGCUCCACUUAGGCAGCAAUCAGAUUACAGUGAUCAAGGGAGAUGUUUUUCACAAUCUUACUAAUUUACGCAGGCUCUAUCUCAAUGGCAAUCAGAUCGAGAGACUCUAUCCUGAAAUCUUUUCAGGCCUUCAUAACCUGCAGUAUCUGUAUUUGGAAUACAAUUUGAUUAAGGAAAUCUUAGCAGGUACUUUUGACUCCAUGCCCAAUUUGCAGUUAUUGUACUUAAACAAUAAUCUCCUAAAAAGCCUACCUGUUUACAUUUUUUCUGGAGCACCCCUAGCUAGACUAAACCUGAGGAACAACAAAUUCAUGUACCUUCCUGUCAGUGGGGUGCUUGAUCAGCUGCAGUCUCUGACACAGAUUGACUUGGAGGGCAACCCAUGGGACUGCACUUGUGACUUAGUGGCAUUAAAACUGUGGCUGGAGAAGUUAAACGACGGGAUUGUUGUGAAAGAACUCAAAUGUGAAACACCUGUUCAGUUUGCCAACAUCGAACUGAAGUCCCUCAAAAAUGAAAUCUUGUGUCCCAAACUUUUAAACAAGCCAUCUGCGCCAUUCACAAGCCCUGCACCUGCCAUUGCAUUCACCACCCCUUUGGGACCCAUUCGAAGUCCUCCUGGUGGCCCAGUGCCUCUAUCUAUUUUAAUCUUAAGUAUCUUAGUGGUCCUCAUUUUAACAGUCUUUGUUGCUUUUUGCCUUCUUGUUUUUGUGCUGCGACGCAACAAGAAACCCACGGUGAAGCACGAAGGCCUGGGGAAUCCUGAAUGUGGCUCGAUGCAGCUGCAGCUACGGAAGCAUGACCACAAAACCAAUAAAAAAGACGGCCUGAGCACAGAAGCUUUUAUUCCACAAACCAUAGAACAGAUGAGCAAGAGUCACACCUGUGGCUUGAAAGAGUCAGACACUGCGUUCAUGUUUUCAGAUCCCCCUGGACAGAAAGUCAUUCUGAGAAAUGUUGCUGACAAGGACAAAGAUUUAUUGCAUGUGGAUACCAGGAAGAGACUGAGCACAAUCGAUGAACUGGAUGAAUUAUUCCCUAGCAGAGAUUCCAAUGUGUUUAUCCAAAAUUUUCUUGAAAGCAAAAAGGAGUACAAUAGCAUAGGUGUCAGCGGCUUCGAGAUCCGCUAUCCAGAAAAACAGCAAGAUAAAAAAAACAAGAAGUCACUGAUCGGUGGCAAUCAUAGUAAAAUUGUUGUGGAGCAAAGGAAGGGCGAAUAUUUUGAACUGAAGUCCAAACUUCAGAGUACUCCUGACUACCUACAAGUCCUUGAGGAGCAAACAGCUUUGAACAAGAUAUAGGUCAUUCAAUCUGGCUUCACACAGAGGACAUUUAUUUAAUGAUGAAAGUGCCUUUUGUUGACUUCUAACUUCCAAAUACUAUGUUAUCAAUAGGCAUAGAGGCAGGUGUUUCCAAGGUGUAUCAUUAACUCUAGUUGCAAAGAUGUGUCAAGUAGAAGAGAAUUUCCUUAAUAGAUUUUACUACAGAAAACCUAUACUGUGGAGUCCUGUGGGGAUACUGCAAACUCUGUCGCCAAAGGGAUGCUUAUAUACAUAGUACACUGAAUUUAACCUCAAGAGGCAGAUCUGUUUUGUACACCAAUACAAAACUACGUCUCUUUGUGCUUCAUAAAGCAAACUCAAGAAAACUGGUACCAGUGUUGGUACUUCAGCUGGGUCCUUCAUCUUGCACGUAGAUUAAGCUGGUAGAACUGGAAUAAUCCUUUUGAUUUGUGGCAUUGUAACAACUCUCUGUAAAGAUUAUCUGAAAAGUGUAAAAAAACAAAAAAGCAUGCAAAGAGAGAACAUUCGACAGUAUGUGUAAAUCGGUAACCUCAAUGGCCUGCAUCUUGAAAUCGCUGGAUUUAUAAUGUUAAAUUGUGCAAAUAUUGUUUAAAAUAUACCAUGCAUUAUGUAACUAUAAAUUAAAUCUGAACACUUUAAGCAUUAUCUGUCUAUACAUAAAAAUCUAAAAGAGAAAACAAUCAGUGUGAGUUAUAUAGCAUUUGUGGUGAUCUGAAGAAAUAUGUUUAUCCGAAUUAAACAUGACUCAAAUUCAACUGACAUUAGAGUUUGUUCUCAGUUAUGUGAAAUACCCACAAUCCUUAAAGGUUGUCCAAACUUAGCAAAGUGCUUACCGUGUGAGCGCACCCAAAGCUAUUUUUGUAAUAUAAUUCAUAUUUAUGAAGUACUUUGUAUACUAAAUAAGAAGAUAUGUACUCCUUAAUAUGUAUUUAAUAUGCUUGACUUGCUUUCCUGAUCACAGUGAAUUUAUCAGUAAGUAUAAAUUUAGAUAGAAAAAUAUACUGAACUGAAACUGAAGCUAAUGUGUACAGAAAUAUUUUGGACUUUGUGAUCAGGUAUAAAUUAAAAACAGAAAAAGCAAAAAACAAACAAAAAGAAAGAAAAAUACCAAAAAAAUAAUUCUGUGCUAUUCUUGUGAAUUUAGCAUAUUAUCUUCAGAUUUGUUACCAAUUGUGCAUUUUAAAAUAGGUUCCUUAGUUUUAUAGUAUUGUGUCUGGGGCAGUUGUUAUUUGCUGUCAGUUGUCUUGCUUUCCAGGACUCUAUGAGCUUAAUUCAAAUAGUUUUCACUACAAAUAUUAAAAAAUAAUGACUAAGGUAAAUAGUAUCUUAUAUGCAUCAGUAUCCUGUUCUUUCAUCAUUCUGACUACUAUCAGAUAAUCUAGUAGAACUGUAAACAUCAUGGUAAUCUUGGCUAUCUAUCAAAGCCACACUGUAAAACGCUUGCAUUGGUAUCAGAUGAGCUCCCAGUCUGCAACUACAAAUGAUAUGCCCCUAUGUUUGCUUGUGCUAUUAAGUUCUAAGUCAAAACUGGUCAAAGAAAUGAAUCAUUUGAUAACUGGUGAUAUUUAAAGAUUUUUAGGAGCUCUCAAUUAUUAAAUUGAUGUCCAGAAAUGCAUUGCCUUCUUGGCCAGUCUGUGUGUGUGCAUGUGUGUGUGUGCGUGUGUGUGCGUGUGUGUGUGUAAUAUCCAUCUCUUAUAGAUCACUGUAUUAAUCAGUUAAAUAACUGAGAAGGUAAGCAUAGACAUUCUUCAUGAAUUUCAAGUGGCAGAUGUUUUUGUGAAGCUUCAAAAAUGAUGUGGUUAAAGCUGUAACAGCAAUUAGUCUAUCAAGCACUAAUUUCAGGGCUGUGUGUUUGUUUCAAGAUUAAAAAUAAAACGUAGUAUUAUUGCAAGUGUGUGUGUGUGAGUUUGUGUGUGGAUUUGAGUAUGUAUUCAUACAUAUAGAUAAUUUGGAGAUUUUUUAAAUAGAAAAAAAUCUCCAUAUGUAUGUGUUGGUGCUCUUAAAACUUUAAUGUGUAGUUUUAAUUUUCAUGACAAUGUCUGUGAAUACUUUAUAUGAAUACAAAAAUCUAAACAAAUAUUUGCUUUCUGAUCUCAAAAGAAAAGACAAGAUGUGUGCUCAACAGCUUGUGUUCAUCUGCAAUUUCAUAAAGACUUUUAAUAUGCCAUUACCAUGCAUGCAAGCAUCCAUGGAUUAAAGGGCUCCUAAUGCAUACUGACAGGAUAAAGAUGCAAAGGCUUCAAAGGAAAUGUUUUAGUUUAUCCUGUCAAUAAAGUAUGGAUUUAGGAAUCUUAAGGAGACAUUUAUGGGAGGAAGCAGAAAGCUCCAUCCAUGAUCUGGGAAUGAUAGGUCAUUGGGAUUAUGCCUUUUAUUCAGUGUGGUGAUGCUUUGAAGAUGUUUCAAGACUUCUAUAGAAUUGUCAAUGGCAAGAGUACUUGCCACCAUCUCAAAGCUUGCUGUAGUAUAUUGGCUAUCUCAUCUUCUUCUGCUGAAAGGUAUAAAUGUGCAAAAUUUUUAGGAAAAAGUAAUUUAACGUAUGUGGUUAUUUGGAGGUUCUAAUUGUAAAUUAAAUAACAAAUUCUCGGUUAAGGCUGAUAUACUUUCCUUAACUAAAGUCAUUGUGCCUACAUUAUACAGUGUAUACUAUUUUGCACCAGUCUCUCAUUAGUUCUACUUGUACAUUUUAUGAUAGUGUAGAGUUAGGCAUAAGUUCUGAGUUGAGUACAAGAACAGAUAAAAUGCUGUAUCUACAUUUUUUUGGCUUCAAUUUUAACCUUGAUAUUAGUUUAACCCCUUGAGGUAUGACUUGUACGUUGGUACAGCAUUUUUAGUAGAGCUUUGAUUCAAAUCUUGAAAAUCCAAGAAGUACUAAUUUCUAACGUGGUCUGACACGUGAUCGGCUUCUUGGCAUUGUAUUCAUGUCUAUGAACUGUGUUAGAGCGGUGGCAAAGGAAACUAGAUAUUAUAAAAUCAGUGAAGGGGUUGAGAUAAUAUAUUGUGUCUGUGUAAUAUAAAUCAAGUUUUACAUUAUUUUUCUAUGAGAUCAAUAAAGAUGAUUGAAUUCUUUAAAGUAAAUCUUUGUGUAAUUUUAUGAGAAAGCAGCUAUUAAAGUACAGUGAUUGAAGUCUAUAAGGCAAUUUAUAUUCUAUAUUUAGUUUUCCAUUGUGAAUAAUAAAGUGAAUAAAUAUAUUAAUUAGAAAGUCAUUUAAUACCAUCUUUCUUUUGUUGCUUUUAAAAAAAAAACAUUUAAUUUUAUAAGUCAUAAAUAUGCAUAAUUUAUACAGGGCAUGGCCUCAUGAGUAAUAUCAACAGGUAUUUCAGAUUUAGCAGAACACAUCUAGAAACAUAUGGUGAAAAAUUAUAUCAUUUGCAUGAGUUUUAUAUUGACAUUGUCUGAAAUGAGCACAGUGAAGUUUUUUUUGUUGUUGUUGCUGUUGUUGUUAUUGUUGUCGCAUCCAAAGAAUUGGGGAGAAAAAUAUAUUAAGAAUGUAUUUAUAAUCACUAUUUUGAAAUAAAGUAAAGAAAAAGCAUUGUAUUGUUUUUACCCUGAUUUGACUUUUAGUAUUUUAGGUUAGUUUGUAAAACAAAAAUCAAGUAAUGCUGUAAGAGCUAAUGUAAAUGACAAAAAGGAACUGUUUUAAUGACUUUUGUUUGCUUUUAAUUACAUCCAGGUAUUAGAAUUUAUUAAAUGCCAUUUUUAUGAAAGUAUUAAUAAAAUUAUUUGCUACAAUGGUAUUUCUGAAACCACAGUUUGUUAAAUAUAUCUAUAUUUCCAUUAUUUUUAGAAGAAAUAAAACAGUAAAAAAACUGAUCAUAUUGCUCAGAUUUGACGGUAAGAUACAUAGCUUUAGAAUACUGUUUAUAUCCAACCUAACUGCAAAUCUCUUAAAAGAUGCUUUCUGCACAAACAUCUUUGCAAUCUGUUUUUGUUCCCACUGUCAGCCCCUUUGGAGAAAAGUGAGACAAUGCCAACAGUGACAUGCUUUGAUUUUGGCCCACUCUCAUUAAUUGGUUGGAAUCUGAUGUAACUUCACAUAAGCAAAUAUUGCUAGUCAGUCUGAACUAUCUACUCAGCUUUCAAGACAAACUUUGGGACUUCUGUAUUUCAUGGCCAACAUGACUGAUCUCAAGUUAGUUACCUAUUUAUGGGGUGAAUUGUGAUUUUUAUUUACUUCUCUUCAAGAAGACCUAAUUUAUCAGUCUAUCAUUAUGCACAGUUACUGUGUUCAAGGAAAAUGAAACAAAUGCAUUGUGAAUAAUUUAAGAGCAGAGAAUAUACAUGCAUGGAGUUGGCCAAUAAUAUUUAUUAAGACACUUAAGACAAAUAAAGAUAGAAAGGAUCAUAGAAAGUACAAAUUUAGAUUUUUUUGCCCUCACAUCUGCACACAGCUAAGCUGAAAGUGUAAACAGUAUAGGUCACAUAUAUAAGUACUUUUCAAGUAAAGGUCUGUGAAUCACAGCACAUACAUCAGGAAAUUGAGUUAUGAAACUUGAGUACAAGAGUAGACCUCAGGCCCUCUUUCAUGUAGGAAAAUGGCACCAAAUCAAGGAUUCACUUCAUUUCCAGUGCUCAUUAAAUUAGUUACUAUGGUCAGAUGGGAUGAGUUAAAAUAUCCUGCUUGUCAUGUAUCUUACUGGGAAUAAUUGAAGGUAUAUAAUAAGUUCAUCUUGUAAUUGUUAACGUUCAAUUUAAGAUUUGCUGAGGAUCUGUCCUUUGUUAAAUUGAAAACAGAAGGGUCAAGUAAAUUUAAUAGUACAUUUUAACCCAUAAUGUGAUUUUGAUAUUUUAUUUAUUUAUUCAUUUAUUGUUUAGUUUCCAUUAGUUGAUAUGAUUGCAUUUAUGAGUAUGAAAUUGAAGGAAGGAAAUUGAUGAUGAUAUUUAAAAUGUUUUAAAAUUAACUUCUUGUUUCUAGGUCUAUAGAGGAAAAAUAAAGAGGAGCUCUGAGACACUAGAAUAUUUUGGGCUUUUCUUUGUUAAUUACAAGAUCACCUCUUAUAAAGCCCAGAAGAAAGAGAAAAUUGCGCAGUUCUCCACUUAUUUUACUUUUGUACACACCAUCUAAUAGAAAUAGAUUCAUGAGAUUCAAUAAUAAAGUAAAAAUGACAAAUUGCUUUUUUAAUUCAAAAGCUUCAUGAAUGAGAACUUCAGAGAGAUAAAUGCAAAUAUGUAAUGAAUCAUUACUUUUUAAUUAGCUUUAGAAAGAUAUUACUGUUUUAAAAUUCCUGUGUAUUUCUCUUGGUUGGCAACUCACUAGACCUGGUUAACAAUCUUAGAAAGCCGUGUUGUACAGUGGAUAUUGCUCAUGGAAACAUUUGAAAAUCGUAGUGAAUUCUGUUCUCCUGCCUAAGACUUGGCAAUGUAUAUUUCCAUCAUUGUUUCAUGUAAACUGAACCUUUGUGCUAUAAUUCUGGAGUUGGUAUGCAGUAACUUUAAUGCUGUUUUCACAAAUAAAAGUCUUUCUUAUAGGUCAAA